AAUGACCGAGUAUCAACCAUAAGCAAUUGUUUAAUAGCCUGCUUUAUAUGGAGCACCUCAAGCCGUAGCAGGUUAGCCUUAAUUCGUAAGACCCAUAAUGUUGGGAAAUUCUACUUACUAACAAUAAUUAGUAACAAACUAGAAUUUGGGUCAAAGUGGAUUCUAUUAAGGAGGUGGAAUGUUAGUUAAUCAACCAGUUUUAGGUGCAUCAGCGAUAAGUUCCAACAUUGUCUCAGUAAAUAAUUGUUUGAACCUAGACUGGAUAAGCAGUUAAAGGAGAGUCGAGAAUUGAGUACAUUCCUUAUGAAAAGACAAUUAUGGAAUAUGAAGAAGUGAGAAGAUAAAUUCAGGUACCUAUAACAAGAUAGAUUACUGAAUAUUAAGCCAUCUAAUAUGAAACUGAAUAUAUUCCUUAAGUUAUCUAAGAAAAAGUGAUUGAAUAUAUGCCAGUAGAAAAAUUCGCUGAAAGAGUUGAAUACUAAACAGUUACAAGAUAAAAUGUGCUUUAAGUAAAAUAUAUGUGUAAAACCACUAGAAUAAUGUAUAAUAAGUAUAAUAAACAUAAAUCUAACCAAUUGUGACAACUUAAACAUAUUAAACAGCCACUCCUAUUGUCUAAACUGUUUAAUAACCUAUCGUAUAAACUGUUUAAUAACCUAUUGUCACACAAGUGGCAUAACCAGUUGUCUAACAAUAAAUAAUUUAGAAUGUUCCACAAACCUAUUAUUCAACAUAUCAAUAACCAAUCACUACUUAAUAUAUUUAGCAACCUCUACCUGUUUAAUAGGCAAUCCAUACCCAAGUUUAUUAAACAUCAAGUCCAAGAAUCAGAUAAACUUCACAAUUUGUUCAAGCUCCUGUAACUACUACCACAGCUUAUGCCUAACAACCAGUUCUUUACCAAGCGUCUCAAACUCGAGUGGGUGCUCCUGUUGUCUAAACAUAGCCUCCUGUUUAUGCUUAUUAACCAUAAGGAUAAUAAUUAAUCACCUAAUAAGGAUAAUAAAUUAUCACUUAAUAAGGAUAAGUAACACAACCUACACAAUAGAAAUUACCAAACCAACCCAAUUAAACCAAUCAGGCUCCUACCCAAACCCCUAAGGUGAGUCAGCCACCUUAGUAACAAUAAACCAGUUAAUUUCCACCAACCUAAGUAUCUUAUUUUAUUAAAUUAGCAAUAGUAAUAGCAACCAUAAUAGCAAUAACAGAAAUAGGAUAAAGGAUUUUUGGCCAAAUUAUUCGAUUGAA